GGAUAAUGUUCAUAACCAAAAACCAAAGAGGUAAAAAAGAAAAGAGGAUUGCCCCCCACUCAAGGCAGUUCAUAAUAAAACCCUCAACCAGAUCGCUGCCCUUUCUAAAUAGGGCUUCACACGUUAAAGCUCAAUCACUUACCUUGGAAUUGAAUUCGUAGCGAAGAAUCCACCAUGGACGGAGACGGGAAAUUGGAGUCGCAGAUAGAGGCGCUGCUGAAUGUGGAGAAGCAGAUGAGGCAGGUCGGCGAUGUGGCUGGAACUCGAAAGGCUGUGUCCGAAAUACUGCAACUCUGCUUUGAGGCGCGCGCCUGGAAAACUAUGAAUGAUCAGAUUCUUCUUUUAUCCAAGCGUCGGGGUCAACUUAAGCAGGCUGUACAAGCCAUGGUUCAACAAGCAAUGGAGUAUAUUGAUCAGACUCCAGAUGUUGUUACUAAGAUAGAACUCAUAAAAACACUUAACAGUGUGUCUGCUGGGAAGAUAUAUGUUGAGAUAGAACGGGCUCGAUUGAUUAAGAAACUUGCAAAGUUAAAAGAAGAGCAGGGCCUCAUUGCUGAGGCUGCAGAUUUGAUGCAAGAAAUUGCGGUUGAAACAUUUGGUGCAAUGGCAAAAACUGAAAAAAUAGCAUUCAUUCUUGAGCAGGUUCGUCUUUGUUUAGACCGCCAAGAUUAUGUACGUGCUCAAAUUCUCUCGCGAAAAAUCAACCCUAAAGUUUUUGAGGCUGAUACAUCAAAAGAGAAGAAAAAACCUAAAGAAGGUGAAGCUGUAGUGGAAGAAGCGCCUGCAGAUAUUCCAUCACUGUUGGAGUUGAAGAGGAUUUACUAUGAAUUGAUGAUUCGGUAUUACUCACAUAGCAAUGAUUAUCUUGAGAUUUGCCGGUGUUACAAGUCCAUAUAUGAGAUACCUUCUGUAAAAGAAGACCCAACAAAGUGGAUACCAGUACUGAGGAAAAUAUGCUGGUACUUGGUUCUGUCUCCACAUGACCCAUUGCAAUCAAGCCUUCACAACUCCACCUUAGAGGAUAAGAAUCUUUCAGAAAUCCCUCAUUUCAAGGCACUAUUGAAACAAUUAAUUACCAUGGAGGUCAUUCAGUGGACUGCUUUAUGGACCACUUUUAAGGAUGAAUUUGAAAAUGAAAAGAACAUGCUUGGUGGUGCCCUGGGUGACAAGGCAGCGGAGGACCUUAGAUUGAGAGUCAUUGAACAUAACAUCCUAGUUGUCUCCAAAUAUUAUUCAAGAAUAACCUUGAACAGACUAUCAAACCUGCUGUGUCUUACUAUUCAGGAAACCGAAAAGCAUCUAUCAGAAAUGGUGGUAUCAAAGGCAAUGGUGGCAAAGAUUGACAGGCCAAUGGGCAUUGUUAGUUUCCAACCAGCAAAGGACAGCAAUGAUAUAUUAAAUUCAUGGGCAAUGAACUUGGAGAAACUCCUUGACCUCGUAGAGAAGAGUUGCCAUCAGAUCCACAAAGAAAUGAUGGUCCAUAAAGCUGCUCUUAAAGCUUGAGACGACCUCCAGUGCGUAUCCUACGACCACCCGUAUUGAGGAAUGCUGGCAAAAAUGGGAUGUCAGACGCGCAUUCCUUUUAGUCAAUAUAUGUUGCUUUGUUCUUCACUCUCUCUCUAAUGACUUGAACUUUUGGGGGGUUUUCCUGUCAAGUGCCUUUUUUGUAUUUCUUAUAUUUUCUUGUGUAGUGAUUUAUAGUUGAUUGUGAAUUUGUGAUCAGCAAAUUUUCCGUCUGUUGCCGCACAGCACUUGUGGUCUUCACUUACAAUCUCCAUCCUAAUUUGUUUCACC